UUUUUCUCAGCGUCUCAUCUCUCUCUCUCUCUCACACACACACACUAGGGUUUAUCAGAGGGUUCUUUGAACCGUGUACUGUGCCGUCUAGUGAUGGCGAAGCCAGCCCGAGGUCGUUCGGCCACUCCGUCGGGUUCUGGUUCUUCAUCUGGAUCUCCUUCUCGGUCUCGCUCCUUUUCUGGUUCUGGUUCUCGCUCCUCUCGCUCCCGAUCCCGAUCGGUGUCCCGCUCCGUAUCUUUCUCUUCUUCAUCCUCUCCCUCUCGUAGGGCCCGCUCCACUUCUGGAAGCCGAAGCCCCGUUCCCAAGAAAAGAAGUCCUCCUGGAGGAGCUAAAAGAGGUCGCUCCCCACCACCACAGUCUAAGAAAACGUCUCCACCGCCAAGGAAAACAUCCCCUAUUCCCGAGUCACUCGUUCUUCUUGUCGAACAUCUCACCAGGAAUGUGAAUGAAGGCCAUCUAAGAGAAAUAUUCAGUAAUUUUGGCGAAGUUGUACGCGUGCAGCUGGUAAUGGAUCAUGCUGUUAACCUUCCAAAAGGAAUUGGAUAUGUUGAGUUCAAGACAAGAGCUGAUGCUGAAAAGGCGCAAAUAUACAUGGAUGGUGCCCAGAUUGAUGGAAAUUUUGUUGGAGCAAAGUUCACAUUAACUGAGCGGAAAAAGGUUUCGCCACGCACUAAGGCCAUAGCCACUGCUUCGAGGAGAGAUGCUCCAAAAACUGAUAGUGUUGGUGCUGAUGUUGAAAAGGAUGGACCCAAGCGUCAGAGAGAAUCAUCUCCACAUCGGAAACCUCUUUCCUCACCCCGAAGGAGGUCACCUGUGGUUCGAGGUGGUGGAUCUCCAAGACGAGAGCCAGAUUCUCCUCCCCGUCGACGGGCAGACUCUCCUAUUCGUCGUCGACCGGGGUCUCCUUAUCGCCGGGGUGAUGCACGUCCAAGAAGGCGGAUUGGAUCUCCUGCCAGAGGUCGUUCACCCUCUCCACCGAGGCGGUAUAGGUCACCUGCAAGGGCCUCUCCGCGAAGGAUGCGUGCUAGUCCUGUCCGCAGACGUUCUCCCGUUCCUCCAAGACGCCGUUCUCCUCCUAGACGACCUCGGAGCCCACCCAGAAGAUCUCCUGUUAAUCGUAGACGUACCCGCUCUCCUAUUCGAAGGCCUGUUCACUCACGUUCAAGAUCAGCCUCACCAAGGAGAGGUCGAGUACCAGCCACAAGACGUGGGAGGUCGUCAUCGUACUCUGAAUCACCUAGUCCACAACGCAAGGUGGCUCGGAGGAUAUCAAGGAGUCGCAGUCCUAGAAGGCCUUUGAGAGGAAGAAGCAGUAGCAACAGCAGUAGCAGUAGUUCGCCACUGCCAUCUCGUAAGCCAUGAGUUAUGGAAGAGGGCGUUGCAGCCACUUUGUGAUAUCAUCAUUGUUCCAACUUUUUUUGCUCGACAUGUGUGGCUGUGAUGUUAUUGGAGUUGAGAAUUCUAUUAUUAGGGUAGUUUCAGAUAGCUGGUGGAGGCUGUAUCAUGUGUUUCUGUGGUUAAUUUUCUGAUAAUUUCUGGAGAAACAAUCUAGUGAGACUGACUGAAUUUAUUCCCCAAUUGUGGUUCAAGUAUGUAUGUCCCUUUAUGAUUUUUCUGGGUCCAGUGUGCUAGUUUAGAACGGUAAUGUUCACUCUUUUGUUAGAGAAUUGGUGCUGCUUUUGUUGAAAUAAAGCUAAAAUCUUAGCUUGGGA